ACAGCCUUGCCAUCUCAACUAAACCACUGGCAUUCCAGAUCUCGCUAUCGAAAUGGGCUCUAGCCACUAUUAUUGCCUUCGUGAGCCAGCGCAUGAAAUACGGCUGCUCGAUCUUCUCCCUGCAACUGCUUCAGGGGAUCUGAAUGGCCGUGUACGACGAUUUAGCAUAGGCAGUGCGCCUGCAUUUGUUUCUGUUUCGCAUGUCUGGGGAGACAAGAAAGCAGACCGGGCUAUGUCCCUUGAGUCAGGCUGUGGAGUCAAGAACCUACAGAUUUCUCUCAAUCUGGAAUCAUUUCUCGUCAACAUGCUCUGCCAUACACCUGAAACCCUGCCGCAAAUCUGGGAAGUCAAUGAGAGGCUGCCGAUGUGGAUUGACAUGAUCUGCAUUGAUCAGCUGGACAAUAAUGAGAAGGCGUUGCAAAUUCCGCUGAUGCGAGAUAUCUACUCAAAAGCGAGGUCCGUGGUCGUGUGGAUUCACGAAUACGACAGCUAUUUGCGAUAUGCAUUUCAGUAUUUGCGUCGACUCAGUACACAGGGCCCGCAAGAUGGGAUCUCAUUCGAUCCUAUGGGAUGGGAUGCGAUUCGACGCCUGCUUGGUUGUGAGUGGUUUCAUCGACGAUGGGUGAUUCAAGAAUCUGUGCUCCCAAAGACCGCCAUCUUUCUUUGCGGGUCGGACUCAAUUUCCAUGGGUGAUGUGUUCCGCGGCUUUGACAUGGCUGUUAAUUCGUUACUUGCACGGCCAAGACCGAUGAAAAAGCUCAAGCGUGGCAACACGGGCGAAGUACGGCCUGUGAGGGUGUUGAGAGAGCUCAGGCAAGCAUUAGAAACAAAUCAAAAUCAGUUUGGUCUUUUCUGGCUGAUGGAGCAUCUCCGUUUCACCCGAGCAACUUUUGCUCACGAUCAGAUCUAUUCGUUACUGGGUGUUUGCAACCGUCAGGAGGCUGCUGCAACUUCAGUUCGAUAUGACCUCGAGCCCGAGGAGGUCUACAAGCGUUCAGCUAUAUUACAUGCAAAUAUACAUGGUAACUUGGACUUUCUUGGCCUCUGUGCCCCUGAGCAACGCGACACCCUCUGCUCUGGAUCACCCGGGGCCCCAGUUUUGCGCACUUUCGCAGGCCCUACUUGGUUGCCCAACUGGCACUCGCCGAAGUUGAGGCGUUGCUUGGGUCUCAGCCAUAUCGACCACGAGGAGAGCUUUUUUAAUGCCUCUGAAGCAGUUCCUUUCAGCCCUACCUUCGAGGGAGAGCAGCUGACAGUCUCCGGAGCCAUGAUUGAUAAGAUCAGCUCAAUUGCUGAUUUUUGUCCUCGUGAUAGAGCCCUCGAGUUCUCGGAUGCCAACUCAGACCUGUAUCAGCAGUAUCUGGAUUUCUGGAUGACCCCAGUGGAUGAGCCCGAACCUUAUUCAGAUGCCGUCAAUCGGGCUGAAAGCUUUAUACGAACUUUGAGUCUAGUUGGGAUUUACUUGGAGCCCGUACCCUCGCCUGAUGAUAUUCCAACAAUUUUCUACAACUGGUGCAGUGGCUCAGCAUUGUGUAAGCGGCUAGAAGCGUACGGGUUCAGGCCCAAAAGCAGUGGCACGGGACCCGAACAAAAGGCAUUUAUCAGAAUGAAGCGUCUGGUAUCCUGGGAUCCAUUCAUCACCUUCAAGGGUUACAUGGGCCUUGGUCGGGAGGGUGUUGCGAUUGGUGAUGAAAUUUGGCUCAUUGGGGGUUGCAGUACCCCCGUUUUGCUGUCCCCUAGCACGGGUGGCCCGCUCCGAUACGAGGUGAAAGGGGAGGUUUUCCUUGAUGGGUUUAUGUUCAAGGGGCAAUUCGCGGAAUCAAUCCACCAGGGCUCGAAAAUUGAGCGAAUCGUUCUGGUAUAGCGGAUGAUGGAUAGCUACCUGGGUGAAACUAGGUUUUGGGCGUACUUUUGAGUUACUUGUCAAGGUCUGAAGAUUGAAGAGAUAGCUUGCUAGCUGAUUCAAUUCAGGAACAUCCCGAUGCAAUGGUGUAUUUCUAGGAACAAGCUGAGAUGGCUGCAUAGACUGGGC